ACUCGCGCGGCUCCCGUUCGCGGAGCACACAUCCCGGCGCGACGAGGUUCCUUCGGAGAGCGAGCGGGAGUCGGUGCUCGGCCUCCUGCGGGGAGCAGCCCGAGGCCUGGUCUCAGAGAACACUGUAGAUGUGUAGUCAGUUUGUUCAAUAAAUAUGCUUGAUGGAGCUUCAAUACCCACCUCCACCCCCUUCUCCCAGAAUCUGCAGGGAGAGGUCGGGAGGUGACAACGCCAGCAUGCCAGUGCUAUCGGAGGACUCUGGUUUGCAUGAAACCCUGGCCCUGCUGACCUCCCAGCUCAGACCUGACUCCAACCACAAGGAGGAGAUGGGCUUCCUGAGGGAUGUUUUCAGUGAAAAAAGCCUCAGUUACUUAAUGAAGAUUCAUGAGAAGCUUCGCUAUUAUGAAAGGCAAAGUCCAACCCCAGUUCUGCACAGCGCUGUGGCCCUCGCUGAGGACGUGAUGGAGGAGUUGCAGGCCGCCUCCGUGCACAGUGAUGAGAGGGAGCUGCUCCAGCUGCUGUCCACUCCGCACCUGAGGGCUGUGCUCAUGGUACAUGACACGGUUGCCCAGAAGAAUUUUGACCCCAUUCUCCCGCCUCUGCCUGACAAUAUCGAUGAGGAUUUUGAUGAGGAAUCGGUGAAGAUCGUCCGCUUGGUGAAGAACAAGGAACCCCUGGGUGCCACCAUCCGGCGGGACGAGCACUCAGGGGCUGUUGUGGUGGCCAGGAUCAUGCGAGGAGGCGCAGCAGACAGGAGCGGCCUGGUCCACGUUGGAGAUGAGCUCCGAGAAGUGAACGGGAUCGCAGUCCUGCACAAGCGGCCCGACGAGAUCAGCCAGAUUCUGGCCCAGUCCCAGGGAUCCAUCACCCUAAAAAUCAUCCCAGCCACCCAGGAGGAAGAUCGCUUAAAGGAGAGCAAGGUGUUCAUGCGCGCCCUCUUCCACUACAACCCUCGGGAGGACCGGGCCAUCCCUUGCCAGGAGGCGGGCCUGCCCUUCCAGCGCAGGCAGGUCCUGGAGGUGGUGAGCCAGGACGACCCCACGUGGUGGCAGGCCAAGCGAGUCGGGGACACCAACCUUCGAGCCGGCCUCAUCCCCUCCAAGGGGUUCCAGGAGAGACGACUAAGCUACCGGAGAGCCGCGGGCACCCUGCCGAGCCCCCAGAGCCUCAGGAAGCCCCCCUAUGAUCAGCCUUGUGACAAAGAGACCUGUGACUGUGAGGGCUACCUCAAAGGGCACUAUGUGGCUGGUCUUCGGAGGAGCUUCCGGCUGGGCUGUAGGGAGAGACUGGGUGGCUCGCAGGAAGGAAAGAUGUCCUCCGGAGCUGAGUCUCCAGAGCUGCUGACUUACGAGGAGGUGGCCAGGUACCAACACCAGCCCGGAGAGCGGCCCCGCCUGGUGGUUCUGAUCGGGUCUCUGGGAGCCCGACUGCACGAGCUGAAGCAAAAGGUGGUGGCUGAGAACCCACAGCACUUUGGCGUCGCUGUUCCACAUACCACCAGGCCCCGAAAGAGCCAUGAGAAGGAAGGAGUGGAAUAUCACUUUGUGUCUAAGCAAGCAUUUGAGGCCGACUUACAUCACAACAAGUUCCUGGAACAUGGUGAAUAUAAGGAAAAUCUCUAUGGAACCAGCCUGGAGGCCAUUCAGGCUGUUAUGGCCAAAAACAAAGUGUGUUUGGUGGAUGUGGAGCCAGAAGCACUGAAACAACUGAGGACCUCAGAAUUUAAACCCUAUAUUAUAUUUGUAAAGCCUGCAAUUCAGGAAAAAAGAAAAACGCCACCUAUGUCCCCAGCUUGUGAGGACACAGCAGCCCCAUUUGAUGAGCAGCAGCAAGAGAUGGCCGCUUCUGCCGCCUUCAUAGACCAGCAUUACGGGCACCUGGUAGACGCCGUGCUGGUGAAGGAGGAUCUCCAGGGUGCCUACAGCCAGCUCAAAGUGGUCUUAGAGAAGCUGAGCAAGGACACUCACUGGGUACCUGUUAGUUGGGUCAGGUAACUUUAUCCCAGAACAUCCAAGCUGGACGGGACCUUGAAGAUCAUUCUAGUCCAGACUCCCUCAUUUUACCAUCAAGGAAUCUCAAGCGCAGAGAGGGAGAGAAUUCUCCACAAAUUCCAUCAUCGAGAAGAGUAUAAGUGGGAAGUCUUGUUUGUUGUUGGUUUUUGUCUGUUGUUUUUCACUGCACCUCUUUGGAUCAUGAUUUGAAAGGGGCAUAUCAGAAAACAACACAUUUCAUUUAUUAAAGUAUCACAGGCAAGCUGACCCUGA